AAACUGUUAAUAAUGUUGAGAAGGUAUAUGAGCCAGAGAUUAAUAAUAUUACUAAUUGUACUCCUUCAGAAUCAUCUCAUGAAAUAAAGGUCGAUCCGCAAUCGGUCAAUAUAAAUGUCUCCCAGGAAGAAAUCCCAAAAUGUAUUACAAAUUCCAAGAGAGAAACCGUUACCAAUACCCGCUCAGAGAUAGAAAGACCGGUGGAAGAAGAAUCUUCCUCGAAAAUAGCUACUGAAUUCGUGCAAGUUCCUGAAUCGAUAAGUAUUAAGAGACUUGCCAAUUCUUUCUGCCAAGCAAAUGGUGCAAGAAAUAGAUCGAUCACAGCAAAGAGAGCAGAGAUAACAGCUUGGCAUUUAUUCUCUGAAAGGUUCGAAAAUAAAGUAGUGGAGCUUAGAUCAAAUGAUAAGAAACUUACGGAUCAGACUGCAAGAAAGCAGAUCUAUAAUGAAAUGAAGCCGUAUCUCACAG